UCUCCAAAUCCUAAAGAAUACAAAACCCAUCCCUUUUAUUUUUUCAAAAACCACAUAAACUAAAGUAACUACUACUAGUACUACUAACCUUUAUAAAAAGCACAUCAAAUGAAAAUUUGAUGCUACAAAAACCAAACCAAAACAAACCAAACACACACAAAAUUAUCAUGGCAACAAAAACUAAGAACCACAGCAACAUUAGAAGACAAAACUUCAACCACUUUCUUCAAUCCACAGACACUAACUCUGUCAACGAGUCGUCACUCUUCGAGUUCGACGAGUCAGAACUCUACAACUCAGCUCGCUCCAUUUCUACCUCUAACUCACCUGAAUUUCGCAAAUCCGUUAUUGCUUCGCGUUUCCAAACCACUUCAUCUUCCACCGGUGUUCUUGUCGGAGAUCCGAUGUCGCUGCCGGUUAACGUUCCGGACUGGUCCAAGAUCCUUGGAGAAGAGAACCGACAGAACCGGAGGAGGAACUACGAUGUUGACAGCGAUGAAGACGGGGAUGAAGAUAAAGUUCCGCCGCAUGAGUUUCUUGCUAGAACAAGAAUCGCUUCGUUUUCGGUUCACGAAGGAGUUGGUAGAACUCUCAAAGGACGCGAUCUUAGUAGGGUUCGAAACGCGAUUUGGGCCAAAACCGGUUUUCAGGAUUGAGUUUAAACCCGGUUCGAUCGGAAAUUGGAACAUUAUAUUGGAAUUGGACUCCAUGAAAUCAUCGAAACAUGUUUUUUUUUGUGGAGUCCUUAAUUUUGGUUUUAUUUAUAUUUUUAUUAUUAAUUUCAUCUAAUAUCUGAGGCUUUUGUUAUUUGUGGGAGUUAUUAUUAAUUUCAUUAUGAUUAUGAUAAUUAUUCUUCAUUGACGUUGUUGUCAACUGCGUUUGUUUUUGGUAAGUUGGUUCAGUUUCUGCGAUUGGAUCGUGUAUGGUGGACCCGUUGUUGUAGAUGUACAAGUAUAGUUCAAUGAUUGGUGAGGUUUUGGUUUUA